UCUUGUAAGGCUCUUCCACACUUGCCCAUUACCAAAGUCUCUUCCUUUCUUGGCUCUUUGCCUUCUCUGACAACCUAGGUUCCUGUCUGAGCUUGUUGUUGCAAGAGGGUAGUAGUAGUAGUAGUAUUCUUGUUAUCCUAUGGCGAAGGACGUUGAGGUUACCGAGCGUGGCUCCUUCUCUGGGAAGGACUACCAUGAUCCUCCUCCUGCACCCCUCAUUGAUGCUGAGGAGCUAACAAAGUGGUCCUUUUACAGGGCUCUCAUUGCUGAGUUCAUUGCCACUUUGCUUUUCCUCUACAUUACUGUGCUCACAGUGAUAGGGUACAAGCACCAGAGUGACGUCAAGGCCAAUGGUGAUAUCUGUGGUGGGGUUGGCAUUCUUGGCAUUGCAUGGGCCUUCGGUGGCAUGAUCUUCAUCCUUGUUUACUGCACUGCUGGGAUAUCAGGGGGUCACAUUAACCCAGCAGUGACAUUUGGGCUGUUCUUGGCUCGCAAGGUGUCUUUGAUCCGAGCCAUCAUGUACAUGGUGGCUCAGUGCUUGGGGGCUAUCUGUGGAGUUGGGUUGGUGAAGGCCUUCCAAAAGUCUUACUACAACAAGUAUGGUGGUGGGGCUAAUUCCCUCGCUGAUGGGUACAGUACAGGUACUGGAUUGGGUGCUGAGAUCAUUGGCACCUUUGUUUUGGUAUACACUGUCUUCUCUGCCACUGAUCCCAAGAGGAAUGCCAGAGAUUCUCAUGUUCCGGUUUUGGCUCCACUUCCCAUUGGAUUUGCUGUGUUCAUGGUUCACUUGGCCACCAUCCCAGUAACUGGCACUGGCAUCAACCCUGCUAGGAGUCUUGGAGCUGCUGUUAUCUACAACAAAGAUAAGCCCUGGGAUGACCAUUGGAUCUUUUGGGUGGGACCAUUUAUUGGGGCAGCCAUUGCAGCUUUCUACCACCAGUUCAUCUUGAGAGCAGGUGCUGCUAAGGCUCUUGGAUCAUUCAGGAGUAACCCCCAUGUUUGAGUUGUCUUUCUCUUCAUGAUGGCUCUUUUGGAAAGAAGAUAAUUGCAGAGAUGGAGUUGAUAUUGCAAGUUUAGUUUAAUAAUGGAAAAUGCUUUUGGCUUGUAUUUGCAACGUUUCUUUAAUCCUCUCAAUCAUGUCUUCAAGAUUGUGGAUAAGUGUAGAUUAAAGUCUCUUUCAUGACAGGGGGAGCCUUUUGCACUUUCCUCUGUGUUGCCUUUAGCGUGUCAUUUUUCUUUUAUGUUAUUCUCUUCUGUCAUCUUUGUACUCAGAUAUAUUUAUGGAAAAAAAAAUAAUUUACCUACUUCA